UUUCAUUUGUGCAGUUUCUGUUCUUAUUCUUUCUGUAGAUUUUUUUUUGACAGACUCGGCAUUCGCGACGAUUUUAUUUCAUGUCAGUAUUUUAAAACGCAUGGAAAACAAUCGGAUGAUAUUGAGAACGCUGUCCAUCCUGAAUCCUGAUUAUUUUUUCAGUUUUGGUUGCCAAAUCUCAUUUUCAUGAGGAAACAUUCACCUCUUUCGCUGCAUAACUUGAUCUUAGUCGCGUGAUUAACCUGCAGUCUACCGAUCGAUCGCAGAAUGGCAGAGAGCGAUGUGUGCUGCGUGUUGCAGUGUCCCUUGUCAGAGCCAUCGCGUUCGAUGCGCAGCGUGUGUUUCUUCGCUUUCCCGCAUCCGAGCGAUCCGCGCUAUCCCGUCUGGAUUGAGCGCACUCUCCAUUCAAAAGACCGGGCUCCUUCCGCAGCGAGCAGGAUCUGCAGUCGACACUUUCGCUCGUCGGAUAUUGUGAUACUGGCAUCAGCCGAGUAUUGCGAGGAACCGGAGAAGCGUCUCAAACACGACGCGCUGCCGUGUCUCUUCGAAGGCAUCCCGCGCAGCAUGCAACCGCCCGUGGAGUCUGUUCCGCGAUCACACAGCCCGGAUAUCGCAGUUUCAAGUGUCUUGGAAGCGCAUCGCCCGAUCGAAUCUGCCCCUCGUCCAGACAGCCCGGAAAUCGCUGUUCUCAGUACGAAAAAGCGCAGCAAAGACAGCUGUCUGUCGACUCUGCAACCUCCGCCCACGAAGGUAGCACGUGUUGACGAGGAGACGACUGAACGCCGCACAGCCUGCCCAAAGGCUACACCGAGCGCGGCCGAAGCGUGUGCAGCUGCACUUGCAUCGACUGCACAGAUGUUGCACUUUCCGUCUCCCGAUAUCCUCUUUCGACCACAUUCGAGCGACAAACCGGUUGCUGCCGAACCCCUUCCGCUUCUCCCUCAAUCUGCUGUGGCUGCUCUUCCUUCGCGGAACUCACCGAAGCAACCUGAAAGCCGCGGGGAGGUUGGCUCGCUUGUUGAUCUUCCUGAUCGUUCCCCGGCGCAACCAGUGAGCGCCGCCGAUGAUGCGGACACUCUGCAAAUGUGCUGCGUUCCUGGUUGCUCCAUUACAUCGCAGAAUGCAGCUCAAACCGGGGACACUUUGUUUCCCUUCCUGCUGCCCGAGCACAAGCUGUACGAUGUCUGGGUCAAGCGAAUCCGCUGCACGACGUCCUGGCAGCCGCAGCCGCCCUCCUUCAUCUGCAGCCGGCAUUUCCUCCGUUCCGAUAUAAAAACCUGCAGAAUCAGUACAAAUGCCAAAAAAGCGCCGUUUCCCACCGUCCUAAGGGACAAUGCCGUGCCCUGUCGGUCAGCGUGUAUUGCAGCUUUCCACUUUUCCGGAGUACGUGACGGAGAGACGGAAAAUGCGCAGAGUGUAGCGGAAGUGCAGUCCUGUCGAGCGUGCGGCGCCAAACGGAACGGCUGGACCAAGCCCGCGGAAAUGCUCGUGUUCUAUCCUUUUCCGAGCGCUAGGCAUCUGAAUUCUUUGUGGACGGGAUUUCUGCCGGACCAAGGCCGACGGGAACUGACUACCGAACCGGCGGUGGUGUGCCAAAAUCAUUUUGCCCCGGAGGACUUCGAGACAAGCGGAGUAUUGAAGUCCAAUGCAGUUCCAGCACACAUGCUUAUCUUUCGCGCUAAAGACAGGUACAAGUUGACAGACAGAAAGGUGCGAAAGGAAGCGGACAGCAAAGCGCCAAAGGAGGGUACGGUUUGCUGUGUGCCGGGAUGCCGCAUACCUGCCGAGGAAUUGGGCUCGGGCAGGAUAACCUACAUGCAUUUUCCCCUGGAUCCCGCGCGUCGCGAUGAAUGGAUACGCUGCAUCCGUUGUGCCGUAUCUUGGGCGCCACGGCGUGGAUUCGAUAUGGUGUGCAGCCGGCACUUCACCGCUCAGGAUUUCUCGCACAGUGUUGUCAACAAAAUCACGGGCAUCACUUCAUCCCGCCUGAAGCAGAGUGCUGUUCCAUCUAAGUUGGAUUGCGUAGGACAAUUUCGAACCCCAAUCAGUACGAAAAUUCCUCUAAUACAUCCGAAAAUUCUCCAUAAAGGAGUUCAGUGUUGCUGUUUAUGCCGUUGGUGGCGGUUGCCGGAACCAGUUAAACGGUCGGAAAGGUUGGCAUUUUUCUCCUUCCCGAAACUUGUGGCGCAGAGGCAACUGUGGAUAACGGCGUGCCGUGAAUUGAGUCCGGAAUUUGUCUUCACGGUUGGGUCGCUAGUAUGUGAAAACCACUUUAAACCAGAUGACGUGACAUGGGGCAAGUCUAAGCUGAUUUUAAAGCCCACUGCGGUGCCCUCCGUUAGGACGCCAAACGAGUUGUCCAGCCCGGUUCUUGAAAGUGGUAUUUUCGAAGAACAACAUGCGUUUACGAACGGUGACGUAGCUGCAACAGAUGCCGGACUUCCUGUCGCUGUCGGUGACAAAACGAACAAUUUGGAAACCGUGGGUGAUUUGCGUGUACAGUCACAUGAGAACGAUCAUAUCCCAAUGGAAACUGACGCACCUUCAGCAAAUAAGGACCCCAGUGCAUCUCUUCAGUUGUGUUUGCCGGCAGCGUCACGGAACGGUCUUCCAGAAGAUAAGGGCGAGGAAAAUUCUUUCGAUCAUUUGCUCGUGACAUCUCCGCUACCGGAUAUUCAGGUUCCGUCUACGAUCAGGGGCCGGGUCUUGAUCGAGACGCCGACAAUUAUUACCGCAUCUGCGCCCAGUGAUACCUCCAUCUAUUGCGAACCUUGCUGCAAGUUGAUGCAAGCACCGUGUUGGAUACAUGCGGUUAAUGUCCCUGAUGAACCGGUCAUACCACUCGCUGUUGGUAGCCUGCCCAAAGUCUUGAAUAUGGACGUUUGUGAUGAAUCGCCGACUGGAAAGGCUGUUUUUGCGAGGGAAACACUAGUGCGCCACACGGUAUUUGGCCCGUUGAUCGCUCCGACAGUGUCAAGCGACGACGAGAAAGCCCGAUACGUGGAUGUUUCCGAUGUUGGCGAGGACGCCAAGCGUAAGCAGUACCAGCUGGAUUCGGAUUACCUCUGCAACUGGAUGAAGCACGUGCGACUGGCGGACAGCGUGGAAGCGAGCAAUCUGCUGGUGUUCGCGCGCGGAUGCGAGAUCGUCUUCGUCACAAACAGAACCAUCUCCCCGCACGAAGAACUGCGGGUGUGGUAUUCCAGACAGUAUUUGGAUCUUCUUAAUCCCGCAGCAUCUCAGAAUGUUGAUUCGGAUGGCGAAAUACCUGGUGUCGAGGACGAGAGGCGAAAGUUGGAGAAUAUUAUUAUGGAAGAGCCUUGUCCUGACUAUUGGGAUGAGAAAAUACUGGAGCAUUUAUCCUUGCAAAGAGACUUUGUUACUUCUACAGCAUCUUCGGAUCAGGAUAGCAAUAGUGAAGCAAACGAUGGACAGAAUGACAUAGUUGACGGUGAUAUUUGUGAAGAAUUGUUUCGUAUCUAUUCAAUUUCGGAUGGCGAAAUCGUUGAUAAUACGCCUGUGCCGAAUAACAGUGGCUCUUCGCAGCUGACGCCGCAAGUAAAACCACCAAAGAAUGCGCCUGCUCGGAAAAAAGUUCGACACGGUACAAGUCAGCCGGAAAAACCACUAGCCGGAGCGUUGGUAAAAGUAUGCAGAAUGACGUUACCGAGACAUACCUUCACCGCCGCCGCGUCUACUCGUGGUCAGGGAAAGGAACCUUUUCAGUGCACGCUAUGCGAUAAAAGCUUUUCCCUACAGAGUACUUUGCGAGCUCACGAAAAGCUUCAUCAGCCAGCGGCGUGGGUGAGCGAUAGUCUGACAUGCGAAAAGUGUGGUCUGCGAUUUCGAUCGCACAUGUUGAGCCAGCUACACGGUCUGAGACACCGCUGGAAGCCCAGUGGCAACAAUGUAGAGAGAGAGCUGACCUGUCCGAAAUGCGGUGACAUGUUUGACAAGUGGGAGGAGCUGAUGGACCACGUGGAGGAACAUGGGCGACCGACGGAAAAAUGCCGCAUUUGUGAUCAGCGGUUUGAGAAUCUGGAUGCACACCUGCGGCUUGGAAAUUGCGGACCGUUUUCACAGCUGGAGUGUUCGAGUGACCUUGAUGCUGGGCGUGCUGGAUUGAUGAGAUCUUCCAGCACUAACCAUAAGAGCUCAAGCGAACACUAUCUUUGCCAGGAUUGUGGAAAAGAGUUUGAACAUCAGUCCGGUCUGGCCGAGCAUCAGAAGAAGCACCUCAAUCUGACGUUCAAUAAAAGUUUCACUUGCGACGGAUGCGGAAUGCGGUUUGCAACGGAAUCGCUGCGCCAGGUGCAUAUUUUACAACACGGGAACAUCGUUAGUAUCGGAAAUCAGCAUCCCCGCGAACGGCGAUGUCCACAUUGCAAUAAAUCGUUCAAAAACCUGAGAGAGCUGGUGGUUCACGUGGACGAACAUGGAAGGACGACGGAUAAAUGUUCGCACUGUAAUCGCUGGUUUGGCCACUUGCCGGGCCACAUGCGACUCAAUCACCCAGCCUCACUGUCCAACAGUGUGGAUGGACGGAAUCAGUCGGGCCAGAACGGCGACAUCAGCGCGAAAUGUUUCUGCGACGUCUGUGAUGGCAUCUUUUUGACUAAAGAAUUGUUGAUGGCGCAUGCGAAAGAGCAUAACAGCGACAGGGACAUUUGUAAGACUCUCCAUUCCACCCUGGAGAAUAAUGUAACAGUCUGCCGGGAAUCUUCGCCGGAAAUACCGGAGGCUCCGUGUCUGGACAGUGCCUUGCCCAAUCGAAUGUCUCCCUCGUCCAGACUUCUCGGAAAUAGGUGCACGAGAAAGCGCAGCGCGGACAGCUGCUCUCCGCGUCCCGAAACUCCACCCACGAAGACCUCUCGUGUCGGUUGCGAGGUGGCUGCGCCGUUGGUUAUUCCUUCAUCUGACUCCCUGAACCAUGCUGAGAACGUCGGAAGCAACACACUACUUGUUGAUUUUUCUCAUCGUUCGCUGGUAAGCGUCGCCGGGGACGCCGAUACUCUGCGAAUAUGCUGCGUUCCUGGCUGUUCCAUUACUUCGCGGAACGCAUCCCAAACCGGGGACACUAUCUUUCCCUUUUUGCUGCCGGAGCACGAACUCUACGAUACCUGGGUCGAACGAAUUCGCUGCACCACUUCCUGGCAACCGCAGCCGGCCUCCUUCAUCUGCAGCCAGCAUUUCGAGCACGCCGAUAUGGUCGGUUACCGUUCGCAAAGCGGCAAAGCGAUGGUUUUGAAGGCGGACGCGUCGCCCAGUCGGUUGGCCUGUGUCAGGGUUUUCCACCAUUCAGGAUUGCGUGGCGGAGAGAUGGAGGACGCACGGAGUAUACUGGAGAUGCGAGCUUGUCAAGUGUGUGGUGCAAAACGGAAAAGAUGGACCAAACCCUCGGAAAGGCUCAUGUUCUACGCUUUCCCGACGGAUACCCGUCUCAAGUCGUUGUGGAUGCAAUUUCUGACGGACCAGGGACGACGGAAGCCGGUUACGGAGAAGUCGCUGGUGUGCCAGAAUCAUUUUGCUCCGGAGGAGUUUGAGACCGGCGGGACAUUGAAGGUCACUGCAGUUCCGUCCCGCAUGUGGACUUUUGGGCCGAUGUCCAAAGGGAAGGAAACGGACAAGAGAAGGAAACCGGUGUCUGCUGCUCGUAUCUCAUCAUUCCUGUCUAAUCCUGACAAUGCGUCUCACAACGGUCUUCCCGGUGAUGGAGAUUCUGUGGUUACCGCGCUUGCCAAAUCGGCGUUACCGGAAGUGGCGGUGGACCCUCGGACGCGCUCCGGAAAUGCCGUUAAGACUGCACUCAGUGCACUGGCGAUAACUGACCCCGACAACGCCUUAUUAUACUGCGAGUCAUGUUCCAAAGUGAUGCAGACGCCGUGUUGGAUGCAUUCGGACAGUAUCCCGGACGAACCGGUCAUUCCAUUGGCAGUCGGUAGUUUGCCCAGAGUUUUGUAUAUGGACGUAUGUGAUGAGUCGCCGACCGGUGUCGAGGCAGAGAGAAUGUCGGACAAUGUUAUUAAGGAAGAGUCGUGUCCUGACCAUUGGGAUGAGGAAAUAGUGUAUCAUUUAUCCUUGAAAAGAGACCUUGUUACUUCUGCAGCAUCUUCAGAUCCUGAUGAUGAUACUGAAACACCCGAUGGAAAGAAUAGUACAUUGGAUGGUGAAAUUGGUGAAGAAUUGUUUCGUAUCUGUUCGAUUUCGGACGGCGAAAUCGUUGACAAUGCGCCUGUGCCGAAUAACAUUGACUCGUCGCUGCUGUCGCCGAAAAGACAUCGACCCGCAGUUGCGCAGUUUUACUCUUGCAGCGACUGUGGCCUACGAUUUACGAAUAAAUCCGUCUUGGAAGUGCACCGGUUUGGUUAUCAACCGGCCGGUGCCGCCGGCAAUCAAGACAGUGUGCAGAAUUGCCCGGAAUGCGGCGUUGCAUUCCACCAUCUCGGAGAUCUGAUCCAGCACGUUGAUUUACACGGGGAAAUAACGCACCGGUGUCCGGUGUGUGAUCUGCGGUGUCCUGUACCUGAUCUGAAGCAGCAUAUCGCGCGGUGUCACCCUCAGUUCUACGCCGCCGAAAAGACGGGGUCGGUGGUCGAAAACGCGCGCUCAGUUCGCAGUGUCACCUGCAGUGAAUGUGGUCUGCAGUUUCCGUCCGCACUGCUGUGCAGUGUCCACAAGACGAAACACGAUUUGCAGAAACUGCUGGUGCACAUCGAUGUUCACGCUGUCCCAACGCAGAACACCAGGCUGUGCGGUAAAAACGUCGCUGUACCGGAACUGCCGGUGGUUAUGCGACAUGACCUUCAACACGAUAGCAGCCCCACGGGAAAACCUCUAGCCGGAACGUUGUUAAAACUUCACCAGCCAGCCACACACGAAAGUCUAACCUGCAAAGACUGCGGUCUACGCUUUCGAUCGCACGUGUUGAGUCGGUUGCACCGUCUGAAACACCAGGGGAAUCCUAGUGGCAGUAUUGGGGAUAAGGAGCUCACCUGUCCGAAAUGCGGUGAUGCAUUCGACAAGUGGAAGGAGCUGAUGGAUCACGUGGAGGAACAUGGCCGACCAACGGAAAAGUGCCGCGUUUGUGGUCAGUGGUUUGACAGUCUGGAUGCACACCUGCGCCAGGGACAGUGCGGAUCGUCUUCGCAGCUGGAGUGUUCGAUUAGCGCUAAUACUGGCGGUGCUGGAUUGCGGGAAUCAAGCACUUGA